GCUCCAUUCUCGACGAAGGGACGCUAGAGGUAAGGUGUGGCUUACGGUGGGAAGAGCGCGACACGAGUUAGGAGAAUCGUGAAAACAGCACGAGAGAAAGAAGGAAAACAAAGAAAGAUAGGAUAGAAAACGCGAGUGAAGGAAGAAUUUUAAUGUGACGUACUUGGAUGUGUUUUCUUCAUCAAGAAAAUCUGCUGUGGAAGAGAAAUUCAGGCUUGGAGCGAUGCUGAAGAGAUUUGUGAGGUGAGAGAGGGAGAGAGAAAGAGACAUAGAGAGGAAACGGACAUCUCUCUCUCUCUCUCUCUCUCUCUUGGGUGAAGUUGUGCGCGCGCGAGUUCGUAGCGUACGCGAAGAUUUAAAGCUACAUUCUGAAAUUGGCUGCGUUCUAAAGGCGGGAGCGAACGCGAAUGUGCUGUGAGCGAGAAGGAUGGAAUCGCCGUUGGUGCUGCUGCUGUCGCGUCGAGAUGUCGGAACGAGCUUGGCUGAGCACCGAGGGUCGAGCGCGAGAUAGAGUGCGGCAAUCAUGUAUGAUUGGAAAUGUAUUUCACGAGCGACGGCGAGCGUAAACAUUUCACAUCCGUGCCGUUAAUUGGACGCGUCGUCUUGAUUUACGAGGAGAUCGAUAACCGGGACGAGCUGGCGGCGGCAAAGGCAGCAAGAGUAACGACGGUGACGACGAGGACGGCGACGAAGACAACGGCUACAUCGGUGACGGCGGCGGCGGCAACGGCACUGGCAGUGGUGGAGGCAGCGUCGGAGUGCGAGGAGGAAAGAGACACGGAGUAGGCACACAGGCGUAGUGUCGCAGGAAAUGAUGGCAACGCGUGAGAUUGGUCGGGCCGCGCCGUCGACGGGUGAAUGUCGCGCGUAAUCGUUCUCCGGACGAAACACCUCCGGGGAACACGUUCCGCCACUCAAUUCAAAGUGCCAUUUUGUCAUAUCCAGUAAAUAUUAAUCGUAGUAGACCUUCGUAACGAGUUCGGGACACACUCUAUACACGCACUCUGUAUCCAUUACAAAUUGUAUCGUCGCGCGCUUAUGUACAUAUAUUACGGUUCUGUUCGAGAAGGACGCGCAACAAGGCUGAUGACUUCCUCGGUUACGACCAGCGCAGUUUUACCAUUGCAGCUCAGGGGUCGAUGUAUCAACGUCAAAUCAAGCAUUCGAGAGUUAUUUGGAACGACGACAACUAAUUACAGCCGUGAUAAUAUGCAUUGUUUAUCACAAGUAUUUUGUAUUCGAGACUUACAGAGUUUGAUGCUGUAGAGGCUGAAGAAUAUUUUUGUGCAAAAGACUCAGUGAGAUUGAAAGAAUUGUUGGGCUUGCUAGCUGUUUAUAGAGCAAGAUAAUGCUAUCCAAGAGAUAAAAGCCUGCUGAAAGUGUCAUUAAAAGUGUGAGAAUAGUAUAAAUAAGUGAAAGACACAACAUGCCAGGUAAUACAAUGGAAGAGGACCUUGUGGAUCCAGAGUGGUUGUUCACAGAGCUUAGAUCACCAGAUGGUCCAAACAAGCUGCUUAUCUUGGAUUGCAGAGCAAAUUGUGACUUCUCUGAUACUCACAUAAGAGGCUCAGUACCUUUGACCAUACCUAGCAUUAUGUUACGCAGACUGGCUGCUGGUAAGGUGGACCUUUUGGCCACAAUAAGAUGUCUGGUCUUGAGAAACAGAGUCAAGAUGUUUCUGUGCGGGGAUGAGAACAGUAGAGGAACAUUUGUAUUAAUUGGUGACUCUACAGAUCCUGCAGGCCAUCAGGGUGAAACUAUACAAGUUCUAAGCCGGAGACUUAAAAACAGUGGAGGCAAAGUUGCCAUUUUAAUUGGUGGUUUUGGCGCAUUCAGAGAUAGAUAUCCAGAAUGGUGUGAAGGCAGUCAAGUUGGUUGUGAGUGUACCCCAGGUCAGGACAAUAAUGAUGGCGAAUUAAUGGGGCUUAGAUCUCUUCGGAUAUCUACGCCACCAACUAGGUCUUAUUCAGAUUCUGAUAGUGACAGCACGUGUGAUUCAGUUGGUCCUGAGGAAGAUAAAGAUUUCCCGGUAGAAAUUUUACCUCAUUUGUUUCUCGGUAACGCGGCUAAUAGUGAGGAUCGUGAGGCUCUAGCGCGACAUAGAAUACAAUAUAUACUCAAUGUGACACCGGAUUUACCAAAUGUAUUCGAAGGCGUUGGUUCGAUAAAGUAUAUGCAGAUACCAAUAAGCGAUCAUUGGAGCCAAAACUUAGCUAGUUUCUUCCCGCAAGCGAUUCAAUUUAUAGAGGAAGCACGGAGUUCAGACAAAGGAGUGCUGGUUCACUGUUUGGCCGGAGUGUCCCGGUCUGUUACGAUUACCGUAGCUUACCUUAUGCAUAAGUGCAGCCUCAGCCUGAAUGACGCUUUCAACUUAGUACGUAGUAGAAAGUCUAACGUCGCUCCCAAUUUUCACUUUAUGGAGCAGUUGCUCAGCUUUGAGCGGGAAUUGAGAGAUCGAGGGGGAAAUCGACGUAAUGACCAGAGAUGCAUCGGAGCAUGCCGACCUGACGGCCCUUGUAACUGUCCGCCACCCAGCUUUCUGAGCCCCAUUGAUCUGGGACUGAGUCCCGAUUCAGGAAUUGAGUUUGACAGGUGGGCGGCGAGCACACCGGCCGAAUGAGACGGGCCUGGAGGGACCCAAUACAAGUUUUAGGUCCCUCCAUCGCACGCGUCAUCUUAAGAUAACCCCGAAUAGUUACGGGAUAACGCGCUUUAUCAUUCUGAUAAUGCAAAAGACGACUAUGAAAAUGGUUUGUCUUCUCCUUCCCGAUAUAUCUGCAGAUAGAAUAGAAUAUUAAGCGCCUUUGGCGAAUAUAAUACAUGUACCAAGAUAUAGCUUUUAGACGUAUCCAAAGUUCAUUAGUGUGCCGACAGUUUUUCUUUUGUACUUUCUUGUUUCUUCUUCUCAAACCUCUCAUUCCAAGUAUAAUCAUGUAGCUUGUACAGAGUUGUUCCAAGACUAUCGCGAUGAAGAUCUUAAAUGAUAUAUUCCUGCAACCAUUCUUAGACAAAAAUUUCUAAUACAAAAAUAACAAAAAUCGCAAAAUCGUAUUUAUAUUAGCCCUAAUUUAAAAUGUGAAUGUAAAUAUAGAUGUCACGUUAGAGUUGCAAAUCUAAUAUACGGUGAUUGUAUUGGAGUUUUUAUCUCAGAAUAUUCCAGAGAAUCUGCCAUUAUAAAAUCUAUUCUGAUAGUUUGAACACUCUGUAUUCAUAUAUGUGUGUGUAUUCAUAUAUGUGUUACGUACUUAUAUAUAUAUAUGUACACACACACACAAACACACA